CCUAAACACAUUUUGUAAGGGCCCCAUUCUGAAGUUGUUUAUGUACAUCAACACAAUUAUGACAACCUUUCUAAGGUAACCAGGUUCACAUUUUACAGCUACGCAACCUCGCCGGGCAUCACCGAGCUCAAGAAUAGGAGUACUAAACACACUUUACAUUUUGCAGAGCGCUCAGUCAAUUCAUCCGAACGGCUGGAAAAGGAGAAGCAGGACUUGCAGGAUGCUCUGGAGUGUGCAAUGCGGAGACUGCAGGAGCAGCACCAGAAGGACCUGGAAGAGAUGGAGCAGAGACUGCAGGCCUUCUCCCAGGCUGAGUGGGACAAGGUCCACCUCGGUUACCAGGGCGAGGCAGACAAGUACAAAGCUCUGCUACAAACGCAGAUGGAACAACUUGAAGGAAGUCAUGACACUCUGAAGCUGGAAUUAGAGCGGAGCCAUGAAGAACAGCUGCAAUGUGUUAAACAACAUGAACAGUCACUGGAAGAGCUCAAGAAAUUACACACUCAGCAACUGGAGUCAUUGGAUGAAAGUUCGAAGGAUUCAGAAGUGGCACUCAUUGCACAAAUUCAAGUGCUGACUCAGGAAAACGUUGACCUGCUCGAAAAGCUAACGUCAGAAGAGAAUAAGCGGAGAGAGCUGGCGGUGGGACAGGUACUGCUUUGUGCAUCGUGA